UUGCUAGAGCCAUGAACGAUUCAACCUCUACUUUGACGGCACCCAUCACGAGGCUAGAUAAGCUCCCGGAGAUGGAUGAGAAACAGCUUUUGCAUUAUCUUGCCUUCGAGGCGGCACUUUCUUCCUCCGAUUAUCUACUUGAGAAAAAGGUAGAAGUCAAACGGUUGCGAAAAAGAGACAUCAGAACAGCAUCUCAAACACUGAUAGACGCAUCUGAACAUGAUCCAUUAGCAGUCUACGUUCGCGAUACCCCUGACGCUCGUCGCCCUAAACUGCAUAGAAAGUCAGAACGAUUACGAUACGCAAUUGGUUGUAGGCAAUGGGUGCGACGAAAUUGGGGGUUAACCGUUAAUGAAGGACGGGCUGUCGUCUGCGCUCUCCCUGCUACGGAAUCAAACAAGAAGACGAGACGUGACAAACGAAUAGACGGGUUUUACCGUCUUAUUUCUCGAGCUCUUAGUCUGAUCGGAGACUCAAAGCUACAGCGGAAGAGAUACAACGAAGUCAGUCGGAUCCUCGACGAAUUCUCCGCAAACACCCUCGGCUCCGCCGUGCGCGAAAUGUGGUCCGUCAACGCACUCGCAACCUCACCAGACUUCCAAAGACGAGGCUACGGCGGUGCACUAGUCGACGCCAUCACCAAGAUGGCAGACGCAGAGAGCAGGUCAACUUACCUCCUCUCAAGCAACCCCGCCAAUACGGAGUUCUACAACUCACAUGGCUUCUUCACUAUCGCAGAAGUGUUCAUUGGCGUAGACGACCCGACAUGGCACCGACCUCCGCUCCCUAUUGCACUCAUGGUUCGAAUAUUUGGAGAUCAGUGAAAUACCCUCAUCAGUUAUAAAUUUAUAUCAUCU